AUUGCAUUGUGCGCUUGGCUGGUGGAGCCGAGUGCGCAUGCGUUCCCCUCUGCCCUUCGAGCCGUUAAGCGUUGUGGUGGAGGAUGCUUCGGUUGACCCUGUGCUAUUGCUUGUGGCUGUUGCAGCUUUUGCUGCAGGUGAAGGGAGCGCAUGAUUCAGAAAGAGUUCUUCUCCGAGAAAUCCAAGCUCUGACACUGCAUAGCGGAAGGUAUACCACUGGCCGCAGAACAAGUCCUGUACGCCAGCUGCAGUGUGUUGGUGGCACAGCUGGCUGCAAUGCCUUCCUUCCAAAAGUGGUCCAGUGUUAUAACAAAGGCUGGGAUGGUUAUGACGUACAGUGGGAAUGCAAGACAGACAUGGACAAAGCAUAUCGAUUUGGAGCAAUCACAGUCAGUUGUGAAGGAUAUAACUAUCCAGAAGAUCCUUAUAUUUUGAGGGGAUCUUGUGGAUUGGAAUAUGUCAUAGAACUUACCGAGGAAGGCCUUCGGAGAAAGAAACCUAACUCUGGAUUUGCUCAUGUAUCAGAUGAAAAUUCCACAUUUUCCCAUGAUUCAUUCAGUUUUAUGAUGAUUUUGGUACUGUUUGCUCUUGCCUAUCUGGUGUAUAUGGUCUGUUUGAGAAGCCAACACAACAGGAAUGAAUUUCCCCAAGACAAUGGCCAAAAUCCUGGUGACUAUUGCAAUGGUGCAGGUCCUUCUGCACAACCACCGCCUCCUGGCUUUAAACCAGCUUACAGAGGUUGCACAACAGAUGAAACAUUUUGUGGCGAGGCCCAUCCACGGAGUACAGGUUCAGGACCAGGAUUUUGGACUGGAAUGGGAGCAGGUGGUUUGCUUGGGUACCUGCUUGGCAGCAGAAGAUCACGGCCAAAUACUUCAUCCUAUCCGUACUACCCAGAUUAUUCCUCGUAUCAACCACAGGAAAAGCAGGAGCCUAAUUGGAAUACUGAAAGCCCAGGAACCAGAUCAACUUCAGGGUUCGGUGGGACAAAAAGAAGAUGAGGAAAUGAAAAGUGCAGGAAUUGUGAAGAUUUGGUUGUACAAUUGUUCAAAUGUUGCUGCUUCAGUCUGACUGUACGCGUAAGGCUGUGGCAUUCUUUGUGAGCAGGAGAGGUUCGUGCAUUGUUGAAUAAUUUUAGAAUUUUCACUCUACUUUUUAUGUAAACAUCCAACAACUUGUAUUCAGGAUCUGUGAUAACAAUGAAGAUACUGCAGACUAAAAAAGAUUCAUAUAUGUAUGAGCAUUUGAGCCAAGCUCUGGAGUUCUGCUAAUUAGCAGCAGACAUUUUGCAGUAAUUUAUUAUAAAUUUGAAGGAAGAAAAUAUUCAAUAAUCUAAGGUACUGUUUCAAUACAUCCUCUACCCCAACACACAUGUAAAUCGUCUGGGAGGUGGGAGGGGGGUGAAACUGAACAAAACUCAUAUUUGCUGAAACGAAUAGUGUUUUUGGUAAAUGUUUUAUUUCAAUCUUAGCUAGCACUCUCAGGAGAGGAAUGUUGCACUAAGAAUUCUGCAACUUUUAUAGGAAAUCCUGUACAUCGCAAAGUAAAUAACUAUGAAUAUUAUUUGGGGAGAGGAGGGCAGUUAAAAAUCGAGUUUUGGCUCGGGACUCAGAACAGGACCUGCUCAAUAUUAAAUUUUACUCCUCUGCGACGAGGUAAUGUAAUCACUCAUGGAAUUUUCUGUGAGUUCACCCACUGGUUUACUCCGGUCACUACCCUCUACCCCCGCCUCUGUCCCUGUUGGCCUCCCUUUCUUUCAAGCUAUAAAAAAAAAUUCCCUCUGCCCUGCACAAAAGCAUGGAGUAUAUUUACACGAGUUCUUCAAAGGCACAGGAAGCUGAAUGUUCCAAUGCACAGGGAUAUUCUUUGAUUGGUUUCACUGUUGUCAAAUCUUAUAAUGGAAAACAAGUGACUGAAUAAUUAAAUACGUGUCAUCGUAGCCUCCACUUAAUGCUAGAGUAAACCUGCAUGUUAGAUUGGAUAUGAGAGAAGAAUCAUGGAAUAUAGGAAUUGCUAAAUGAAAACAAGACCAAGGUCUAUCUAGUUUUCUUACCAUCUUGAUGGUGGCAUGAUGCAACAAUAAUAGAGUUAACCAAUCAAAUCUUUAUCAAUUGCAACAUACCCAGAAAUAUCCUGAGAAAACCCCAGUGGAACCAUGGAUCCAGUGUUGACUUUUUCGUUUGCCUUUGACAUUAUGACGUUGGUAUUUCCUAUGAUCAUUUUCUUUAGGGUUGCAUGCAGUUGCGCGGUAACCCAGAAGUUAUUGCACAGUUCACUCGCAAGUUGUCCUUUUUAAGCUGCUUUUUGUGCAUGUGCAAAAUAAUUUAAAAGUACCUUGCAUUAAAAUGAAUUGGCUGUGCCAGGAAAAAAAAAAAUUAGAGGAAUAUUUCUUGUGGCCCACUUUCAUUCUGCCAAAUAAAGGUUCUACACAGUAGGCCACCUUUAUUUUGCUCUCAUGAGCAAUGCACAGAGCAUAAAAUUGAUAGCACAAUGAACAGUAAUGCUGCUCAGUUUGUAUCUAAAACAUUCAACCUUUUCCUCAAUAAAAUUCUGCCUUUUUUUCCUCUGUGAAGACACA